GUAGCUAAAUUAUAUGCACAAGAAAACAAUAGCCAAAAGAUAAAAAAGCUAGGUAUUCAGAGUAAGUGAAUAUUAUUGUUUUCUUCUCCUCGUCUCUUCAUUAUACUUUUGUCUCCUUAGAUCCUUUCUUCUUCCUACCUUUUACCUCUUAAUCUAUUGCAAAAUAAUUAUGGCGGCUGCUUCAUCAUCUACAUCAUUAUUUGGAAUUAGAGAAGAAAAUCAAAGUCAGAUAACAACUUCUUCAGAUCCUUCAUCCACAAUUCCUCCAAAGAAAAGAAGAAAUCAACCAGGAACACCAAAGCCAGAUGCAGAAGUGAUAGCACUAUCUCCCAAGACACUAAUGGCAACAAAUAGAUUUAUAUGUGAGGUUUGCAAUAAAGGGUUUCAAAGGGAACAAAAUCUUCAACUUCAUAGAAGAGGACACAAUCUACCUUGGAAGUUAAAGCAAAAGUCUAACAAAGAUCCAAAGAGAAAGGUUUAUUUAUGUCCUGAACCCACAUGUGUUCAUCAUGAUCCUUCAAGAGCUUUAGGAGACCUAACUGGGAUUAAGAAGCAUUACUCUCGUAAGCAUGGUGAGAAGAAAUGGAAAUGUGAAAAAUGUUCAAAGAAAUAUGCUGUUCAAUCUGAUUGGAAAGCUCAUUCUAAGACUUGUGGCACUAGAGAAUAUAGAUGUGAUUGUGGCACCCUCUUCUCUAGGCGUGACAGUUUCAUUACUCAUAGAGCAUUUUGUGAUGCACUAGCACAAGAGAAUGCAUUAAGACACCCUAACCCUUUUGGGAGUACUCAUCAUUUGUAUUCCACAACAAACACAAGCCAUCACAUGAAUUUAGGCCAAAUUUCUCAUCAAUUACAAAAUCAUCAAAACCAAACUAACAACAACAUUUUGCGCCUCGGAUCAUCAUCAUCGGCGCCAAAAUUUGAACAACAAUUAAUCACAUCACAACAACCUUUGAAUCAUCACUCUUCAUUUGCUACAUUCUUCAUGAGUGAUAUUCCAAAUCAAUCAUCAUCAUUUGAAGAACACCAAUUUACAAACAAACAACUUCAUGGUUUAAUGCAACUUCCUAAUCUUCAAGGAAACAAUACAAACAAUAAUGUUUUCAACCUCAUGAAUAAUAUUCAAGAUCAUCAACAAUUCAACAACCCUCUAAUUAAUGAUCAUCAUCAUCAAUCAAUGUUUGAUCAAAACAUGUCUAGUGAUCCUCACAUGUCAGCUACUACAUUGCUUCAAAAAGCUUCACAAAUUGGUUCAACAAAUUCAACAAACAACAACAAAGGUAACACUAACAUUAACACCGCUUUUGGAAAUAGAAGUUCAAGUAUGGAAAAUGAUGAUGAUGACAACAAUGAUGAACUUCAUGGAUUGAUAAACUCUAUUGCAAAUGGAAACACAUCAUCAUCCAUAUUUGGUGGAUCAGAUAAGUUAACUUUAGAUUUUCUUGGUGUUGGUGCAAUGGUUAGAAACAUGAAUAGUGGUGCUGGAUUUUCACAACAUGCUAUGAAUACUACUAGUAUGGCUUCUUUGAAUCAUGACCUAAAAUCAGUUCAGUCAAGUCAAAGUCAACACUUUGGAAGCUCAAAUUUCAUGCAAUGAGAAAAGUGAGGUUAGGGAGAGAAAAUUAUUUAGUUAAAUGAAAUUAAUAUUUAAUUUCUUGUUAGUUACAUGUGAAGUCAUUAAUUAAGUACUAAACUUUGUUUAAAAAUUUUUAUUUUUGAUUUCCUCAAAAGUGUAGUUAAUUGGUAAAUUAAGGUUGCGAUUCUAAGAAAUGACUACAAUCCUUGUAUUUUUUUUAUAUUAAAAAUCCUUGUAUUAUGUUUGUAGAAUA